CAUCUAGGCUGCUUGGUCUCUUGGAGCUUAAGGAUUCUGCAACCCUGUCUGAGUCGUUACAUCCCGUCGUCGCCAAUGCAGUUUACUUCACCCAACUUUGGCAUGAUCGGACUACUAGGCUGAACUAAAUUUGUGUCCACGUUACCCAAGCUCUCCGGCGUUCGAAAUGAACAGCGUCACGUUAAGCCUUUAUUACACACUCCCCGCGCCACGUCGUGAUAGAAGGAACUGGUCCAGCCUGCCACCUCUACUCCUGGCCUUCCUCUUCGGCUUCAUUUCGGCGUCCCUUCUCAUCACCGGGGCGACUCGUCUUAUAAUCUACGGUAUAGACAGCGCCGACAGCGGCGGCACCGUAGCACACACAAACUGGCCCUUAAAUGUUUCGAUCGACAUCUGUCACGACUCGUCUCUCCUUAGCCCGCUGCGGGCACCUGGCAUUCAGACACAAACGAACAUGAAGUUCUUCUUCAAGGGUGAUCCUACAAUUCGCAACUUUGCUCAACUUCAACGCUACCUUGAAAAUCUUGGCCAACAGGUGUGUCUCCAAGACGAAACCUACGAGCGCGAAGCCAUGUAG